GAAAAUUAGAUAAGAGAACAUCAGUUUCCCUUACAGGUGAUUCUAGAACCAUCUUUUGCCAGUUUUAGGAGAUUGCGUCAUUAAUCUCGCUAGUUAAAAAACCACACACUCUGCUUAAAACCUGGUUUGAUCCCAUAACACACAAAGGGACUGAAGGUGUUGUUCGUAUUGUCUGUACUUGGCAUUGGUAAGGAUGACACAGGCCCUUGUAUUUUGCCUCUUGGCUUUAUGUCUUGGCAUCAGCGCAGAGAAAGAUACAAUAGAAACAGAAUUAAUCGAAGACACUGAAAUUGCAAAAGGAACAGUCAUAGUAAGUAAAGUACAUUUAUUUGUCUUAAUGCAUUGUCAUUAACAAAUUGUUCUGUGUAAUGGGACACACACUUGAUUAAAGUCCUAUUUAAGUGCUGCAUUAAAUAAAUGAUAUAAAAUGAGCUUUUAGAUCAUUGUAGAUAUCAGAUUUCAUACAAUAGUAAUUUAAACUUUGAAAAAAAAAAAAACCCUAUAUCAGCGCUUAGUAGAAAUUCUCUUAUCACCUGAAAAAAAGGGGAAAAAAAACAAACAUUAUUUGGGUUAAGUCCACAAAGUUAAAGUUCAAAUGUUUGUAUAUUGAAGGAUAUACCCAGGUGGUUAGGGAAUAACUGUGAUAACACAAUAGUCUGUCUGUUCUGAGGCUGAAAUAAAUCCCGUCCAAUGCCACUUUGUAUCCAACCUUAAAUUAAGAGAGGUACUGACAUAGUGUAAUAAAGUAACAAUAAUUUAUUCCCUUACAAAAAAAACUAAAUAAAAUUCUUACAAGAUAAAGUGGUGGAACUUAUCUCUAAGUGCCACUAUAAUUAGUGCACCAUGUUAUGUUAAAAUGGUUUCAUGCAACAUCUGUGCAAUUUCAUUCUUUUCUCUUUUGUACAUGAUUGGAAAAGCUCACUAAAAAUGAUGCAUGUAAAAAAAAAAAUGGUUGUGGAGUUAUUAAGUAAAGCUGCGGGCAAGCUUCUACCUCACUCAUUUCUUGUCUGGAGUUAUCUUAUUUGACUUUGGGAGUUGGUGCCACAAAGGAAACCUGUGCAUUUGGGUAGUUGUGAUUAUGCAUUUGAUGAACGUAUCAACACAAAUUAUCCACAGCUGUUAAAAUUAGAGAAAAUAAGAGAUAUAAAAUAAUUUCUCAUUUGUUUUGUUUUUAUUCAUCACGUUCAAAUUUAAGAACCGUAGAUAGCAGAAUUUGAAGUUUGUCAAGCCUUGUUAUAUAUGAUUCUGGAAUUCAUAUAUUUUCAAUCCUUGAGCUGUAUUGUUGAAUGCUAUUUACUAAACACUUACACGAUUCUUUCUGCAGGCUCCAAGUGUCGUGGGCUGUUACAUAAAAAGUAUGCCGGAACUGUAUAACUUUAUGAUGAACACCUGGGCCUUAUAGUAUCCUUCAGAUUUAUUCCAUCUUUCAAUAUGUUAAUGUAUCCUUGUUUGGAACCUUUACAUUUCCUAAAAGUGAUGGGAUGUGUGAGACGAACAAUGAGAAAAACAAUAAGCCUGGCAGCAGCAUUCAGUGUGUACUGUAGAGACCAGUUAAGAGAGAGUUACCAUGAUCAAUCUGGCAAAUUAUAAGAAGCAUCAUGCGCUAUGAUUAAAUGAUGUUUCAUUAUCUGAAACUACAUAUUACAAAUUUUUAAAAUAAAGUAAAGCAUUACAUACCGAAAAUAAUUUUAAUUAUUGGAACUUGUUUUUAAGUAUUGGAACACUGACACAUUUCCCAGAGAUGUUGCUCUGGCUAUGCCUACACUAUCCACAUUUUGCUGCAACAGGUUAUUUUCAACAUGUCCAGAAUUCAGGCAGUUCCUGGAGCUAAUACUCCCUAAUACUUGCUGCGUAUGGCCCAGCUCCAUUGUAAACUUACCAUGCUUACUAAGGACAUAUUUCUAAAAUAAACUUGCAUAAAUAUUGUGUAUACAUUGAACAGUAAACACUGAAGGAACAUUGUGGGCACCAUAACCACUUUUGAAUAUUUAAGUGAUUGUGGUGCCUGGAGUCAGUGGGUUCCGGGCCGAGCCUUACUACUAUAUUGUUUACUCGCCAUUUAAUAGAGAUUCUUGAUCCCUAUUAGCCCAAAGUCCAGCCUCCAAAGGUUAUAUGGUGAAGGUGGAGCUAUGCUUGGAUUGGCUGAGAAUUUAUAAACAAUCCCUGGUAUGAAUUGGAAUGGUACAAGAUCAUUGGAUGCCGGCUUUAGUGUGCUGUGGCUGAGCAUCUCUGCUAAUGAUGAGUAAACCGUUUAUUUCUUGAUGUGAAUCUGGCGUCCCCAUGGAUCCUACACUCCACACCCACUUCAAUUCAUUGAAGUGGUUACCGUAUUCAUUUAAUGUUCUAUAAGAUAUAUUUGUAAUAUAUAUGGGUGUUGUUAUUAUAUUCAGCUCCCAUUUGACUGCACUAUGGGAACAGACAUCUUGUAGUAUCCACCAUCUCUAAUUUCUUUACAGUAAAAAUAAAUAUAUUUAUUUAUUGGACAGGACUUUAUCACAAGAAUAUGAGUCACAAAAGUUUGAUAUGUAUGUAAUGGAACAUUAUUGACCAGUCUUCAUUUGACCUUUUCUGUUGAAGCUCUUGAAACUGACUAAUGAAUAUGAGUUUUUGUCCAUGAACAAUAUGAGGAUCAAGGCUGGAGCAUUCUCUUACAGGGACAAGAUGUACUUUUUAUAGAGAAAUUAGUAAUUUAUACAAAAUAAAUGUGCAUAUGCCUUAACUCUUACCUUCAUAGCCAUAAUCUUGAGUAUGACUCCAGAGAAGAUAAGGAACCUCAAUUAAUCUUCUAUAACUUCAAAAAUGAAGAGCUCAAGGUAAGAGUGUUAAUAAUUAACAAAAUCCACAUUAUGUAACAUUGCUAUCUAAGGUAGAUUUUUUGCUGGCAUUUCAAUUUACAUCACUACAAAGUAGCAGCAUUGCAAGAACACUUUGAGAAAACAGAAAACAGCCAAACUCUCAUGCAGCCAUACAUCUGUAAGUAUAGAAAAAGUGGAGGGCUUAAAUUUAUAAUAAUUUCACUGCAUACGUGAACUAGUGUGUGUCUUCUUCUUGUUCGUGUUUUGAUGAGAAAAAAAACAACUGUUAUUUACUCAGGUGAGAAUGUGGCUCUUUUGACCUUAAGUUUAAAUUCUUACUUAAGUGACUAAAAUCACUGAUAAUGAUAGAUACAAAUUGAGCGCUACACUUUUUUAUACACUUUUUGCUAAUAUGUUGUAUCACGUGUAAGGGUGAGGUAGUGUGUAGCUACAUUCAGGUUUCUAUGUUUGCAACUGUAAUGCUUUUACCUGUAAGGAGGAUAUAUGUGUAUGUGUGUGAUUGUUGUUGUGGUUUUUAUGAUGUCUCCAGACAUCUUAGACAGAUAUGAAAUACAAAAUUAUUUACCCAGCUAAAUGCUAAAAAGUCAUCUCUCAUAGAAAUAUAGAAGGUGAUGGCAGAUAAGAACCAUUCAGCCCAUCUAGACUGCCCAAUGUUCUAAAUACUUCCAUUAGUCCCAUGCCUUAUCUUAUAGUUAGGAUAGCCUUUUGCCUACCCCACACAUGCUUAAAGGACCACUAUAGGCACCCAGACCACUUCAGCUUAAUGAAGUGGUCUGGGUGCCUGGUCCAGCUAGGGUUAACCCAUUUUUUUUAUAAACAUAGCAGUUUCAGAGAAACUGCAAUGUUUAUAGUAGGGUUAAUCCACCCUCUAGUGGCUGUCUCAUUGACAGCCACUAGAGGCGUUUGCGUGAUUCUCACUGUGAAAAUCACAGUCAGAAGACGCCACUGUCCAUAGUAAAGCAUUAUGAAUGCUUUCCUAUGAGACUGGCUGAAUGCGCGCACAGCUCCUGCCGCGCAUGUGCAUUCAGCCGAAGAGGAGGAGAAGAGGCAGAGAGGAGGAGGAGAGCUCCCCGCCCGGCGCUGGAGAAAGGUGAGUGUUUAACCCCUUCCUCUCCCCAGAGCCCGGCAGGAGGGGGUCCCUGAGGGUGGGGGCACCCUCAUGGCACUAUAGUGCCAGGAAAACGAGUAUGUUUUCCUGGCGCUAUAGUGGUCCUUUAAACUCCUUUACUCUGUUAACCUCUACCACUUCAGCUGGAAGGCUUACUUGGUGCAACUUUAUAUAGGCAUAUUUAGCAAGAUGUUGACAUUUUUAUGGUGAAAUCUUAGUCCAUAAUUUAUUUUCAUAAAUGAUUAUUUAAUUUAUGAUUAUUUAAUUUAUGAUUAUUUAAUCUUGGACAUAAAGAAUACCUUGCUGACAGAAAAUAUAUUGAUUUUAAUGAAAAUACAUACUCAGAAUAAACCUGGGUGAUGAGAUGUCUGAAACAAUUAUUUUAUUCCAAAGGUAAUAAGGCUUCCUGUCUACUGGCCUCAAAAUUUAGACAAAAAAAAAAAUCACAAUCCCAGAUUGAAUAUUUAUUAAACGACAAAGGGGAAACAUAACUCAUCCUAUCAAAAUUAGCGUUAUGUUUGCUGCUUAUUAUAUGUCCCUUUACAAUUUGGAAUCUGAUACGAAUACUACACAAGCUUCAUUAGAAAUAAAAAAUAUAUAUAUAUAUUUUAUUUUUUUUAGGCAAAACUGUGUUACCAUAAAUUUCCACUGAUAAAUUGGACAAUCUACAUGCUAAAAUCACCCCAGUAAAGUAACUUGAGGACAGUAAUAAAACACUUGCAGACAAAGCACUGGGUCCUGAUGGAUUAUACUACAAAACAUUUUCUAGUAUUUUGAAACCACAUGUAACCAAAUUAUUUAAUUUGUAUUCGUCUGAGGGUAAGAUGCCGUUGGAAGCUUUGUGUGCAUAAAUUGUUACCUCAUCAAAACUUGGAAAAGACCCACAUAUGUGCUUAAACUUUCACCCAAUUUCAUUAAUCAAUAAUGAUACCAAAUUAUAAAUAGAAAUCAGAUGAGUUUUGUUAUGAGUAGGCAGGCCCAGUAUGGUACUAGGCAUUUUGUUAAUUUGAUACAGAAAAUUACAUCAACUUAGGCACCUUUUCUGCUCCUAUCUUUGGAUGGGGAAAUAACGCUUGAUAGAGUACACUGGGGCUAUUUAAGAGAAGUGUUUAAUUUAAUAUACCGCUGUCAUUUAUUAAUGCGGUUUUUGCACUAUAUUAUAAUCCCACAGUCAGACUAUGGGCUACAAGUUUUAUUUAUGAGGUCUUUCUAUUAACAAAUGGGACUAGACAGGGAUCCCUGUCAGCUCCACUUUUAUUUUUCAUUGCAAUGGAACCCCUGGCUAAACUGAUCAGGAGAGGAAAUAGAGGGCAUAACAGUUAAGGAUAUGGUUCCUAAAAUUGGCCUUUUUGCAUAAGAUAUAAUAUCAGCACAAAAAAAUCUGAUUACAUCAAUAAAGACACUUACCUCCAUUCUGCAGCAGUUUGAAGAGGUUGCCUACUACAAACUCAAGUCUCACAAAAUUCUGGAAUUACCUUUUCACAUCCCAUGGUCUUAUCUGGAUAAUUUAAAAAAAGUGAAUUUCGCUUCGAUUGGAGAUAUUCCUUUAUUGCAUACUUGGGCAUUAAUGUAUGCAACAAUUUGACAAAGAUGCGUGCAUAUAAUUCAGCAAAGAUAUUGCCUGAAAAAAACUAGAUUGAUAGAUGGCGCAGUCUUGAAAUGUCAUGUUUGCUUUAAUUAAGAUGACCAUCCUCCCUAAAAUACUCUAUUUUUUAAGAACAAUUUCCCUUUCUAUACCUCAAUCUCAAAAAGAUCUAUUCAACACUAAUUAAUUCUAUGUGGAGGAAUAAAACCAAUAGAGUUAAAUUCUCAGUUUUGCAAAACAUUAGGGUUAAGAGAGGUUUGAGAGUCCCUGAUUUUAAGAAUUAUUCUUAUUAUAUUACCAACGCAGCCUAUGCCUUUAAAUUUGGAUAUUAAUCAACGUAAAUGACUGGAGAUGGAAGUAGAUAAAACUUGCCUUAUUCUAGUAAGGAGAUACUGUGGGUACAUACAUCUAAACACACAAGGAUUGCAAAAUUGUUUCCUUCCACCAAGUUUCCUUUUGAAAGCAAAAAAAUAGAGUCUGCAAAAAGACUUCGAUUAUUGGUAUUAGCACUCCAUAUACAACUUUGAUAAUUCCUUCUCUGACAAUUCCCGUAUGUCCUUUGAAUAAUUAAAGGCAAAGUAUGACUUAGAUGAUUUUAUCACCCCUAAGUACAAUGUGAUGUGCUGCAAAUUACUGUACAGUGUUUUGAGAUUCCUGGAUUGAAGAUGUAAUAACUUUAGAUAAUUCUAAUCUGGAAAAAAUGGAUCUCUCUGAUCCAAGUCUGAAACAUUCUAUUUCUUUAUGUUACGCCUAUAUCACAUCUAGGCCUUCUUCAGAAUUUGAUUUUAUGGUGAUAUGGGGGGGAAAGAUUUAAAUGUACAAUACGAACUGGAAGAUUGGUUUGCAAUCGUACUUGCUUUAAAUGGAAUAACAUAGUGUUCCAGUCACAUGAACAAGCAUUAUAAAAACUAUAGCUGGUACUUGGCCCCAUCCAGGUUACAGAAGAAGAAUCCAAAUAUUUCUAGUAUAUGUUGCCAUGGAUGUGGUCAAAUCGGUUCAGUAUCUUCUGCUUUGAGGCAUUGUCCCAAACUUCAAAAAAUGUAGCGAGGCAUAGUUAAUAAAAUUGAUCCAUAAAUCAUGGUAUUGACAUUAGAGUUAACCCUAUUCAAAAACAAAUCUGAUAACACCAAUACAAUUGACAAGAUCAUGAUAUUUUGAUAACAGCAACACCUAUCCCUGGAUACAGGAAAUCACCUAAUAUGCUACCUAUUAAAGAUGCUCUCUAUCUAGUGCUAGAUAAUAAGCAUUACAAAAUGGUUCUUAGCCAGUCAUCCUCUAGAGUGGACCAAUUGAAAUUUCACUGGAACACAUGGGAAGGUAAUAUCAAACAUACAUUCUCUCUGCAGUUUAGACAGAUAGCUAACUGACUAAACUUACUAAAUAGUUUAAACCUUUAACAAUUUAAUCCAUGUAUAUUUAUUUUAUAAUGUUAUUCAUACACUUGUUUGCUCUUUAAAAUAAUUGUAUUUUUUUUGAUUAUGAGUAUUUGGAUAGAAAUGUUUUCCCCUUGUUAUCCCCCUUUUUGUUUUCUGUUUCCCCUUUGUUAUUAUGAAGUUUUUUAAAUAAAAAAACAUUUAACUAGAAAAUAACAUCACGAACAGUAAAACCGGUUCUAGCAAUAAUUUUUUUUGCAACUUUUACAUUUUUAUUUGUUUUAUUUUCACACUUUACAGUCAGUGAAAAUAAAGAAUCUGAAAGCUGAUGAAAUUAGCGCUUUACUCGAUGAAGCUGGGUUUUACCGCAAGUCAGAAAAGGGAGAAGAGGUCCCUAAAGAAUUCCAGCACUAUCCAUUGUCAGCACCAAGAGAUGAGCUCUAAGUGACAAUGUUAUAUAGUUAUUAUUGAAUAAUAUUUUGAAUUAUAUGUUUCAGUGGCACAUAGAGAAUGGACAUCACGCUCUUUACACUAGAAUGCUGUAUCUUUGGUGAGAAGAUAUUACAAAUCAUGGAAGCUUACUUUUUUAUUAAGAACAAAAGUAUGUGAUGAUAAUAAACUAUAUUUAUACUCACUUUAAAUACAACAGAC